AUGGAAGAAUGCAUAUUCUGCACACUUUACCAGAAAGACGCCAACAUCAUUUAUGAGACCGACACAUCCUUUGUACUGAUGGACAGGUAUCCUUUAUCAAAGGGACAUUUCCUUGUGAUUCCAAAGGCACACCACCCGUACUUUCACCAAUGCCGCCCCGAGGAAUUGUCCGACGUGCUUGGAGUCAUUGGACAUCUUGUGAAAAAGUUUGGGCUUGAGAAGUAUAAUAUUCUCCAAAAUAACGGAAACCACCAAUCCGUCUCGCAUGUACACUUUCACGUUAUUCCGUUUGUUUCUUCCAGUGAGCGUUUGAAGAUUUCUUGGGAGGCAAAGCCCAUCAGCGACAAUGAGUAUUUAGAAGAAGUUCAGGAGGCUAAACUCAAGAUAUCGCAAUGA